AUGUUAAGUUGUUUAUUACUAGCGAAGGAUGCGAGGCCCGCGCCCGCUGCGUCGCCGCCCGCGCCGGGGCGGCCUGGGCGGCCUGGGCGGGGCGCGGCCCACAUUUGUAGUGUUUGCGAACACGUCCGCGUCGGAUAUGUUUCAAGGACAGCCACGCACAAGGGCGCCUUGUCGCCGGCUCCGCGCGGAGGAAGGCGCUCGGCGGACGAUAUCGAAACUAUUUGCUUC